AUGGCCGAGACGAAAGACCACUGGUCGUCUGAGGCAUACCAGCACUCGGCCUCCUUCGUGCCGAAGCUCGCCACCAAGAUCCUACAAUGGCUCGAUCCGCAGAAAGACGACGUGAUCUUGGAUAUCGGCUGCGGUGACGGCGUGAUCAACAUCCAGCUGCAAGACAUCCUGGCCCAGGGUAGUGGCAGCAUCCACGGCACGGACGCAUCGCCGGCUAUGAUCGAGGCGGCCACGCAGGCGGCUAGUAAAGCCGGGGCGUCGAGAUGCACGUUUGAAGUCGUCGACGCCCUCGAGCUCGCCCAGGCAGCGCACCUGCAGCGCGGGCACUUCACCAAGAUAUUCUCCAACGCGGCGCUGCACUGGGUCCUCGGGUCAUGCAAGGCGUCUCGCGCGCAGCAAGCGGGGGUCUUCCGGGCGGCGCGGGACGCCCUCGCGCCCGGGGGGCUCUUGGCGUUCGAGAUGGGCGGGCUGGGCAACGUGGGGGAGAUGCGGGCGGCGCUGGUGGGCGCAGUGGCGCGGCGCGUAGGGCUCCCCCGGGCCGUCGAGCACGACCCAUGGUUCUUCCCGGACGAGGGCUGGGCGCGCGAGAUGCUGGAGACAGAGGUCGGCGGGUGGGAGGUGGUGAGGGCGGAGCGGGAGUACAGGCCUACGCGGGCGGAUGCGGGGGCCGUCGAGGGGUGGGUGAGGUUGUUUGGGGCGCGGUUCUUCGAGGCGUUGGAGGAGGGGCGGGAGAGGGAGGAGUGUAUAAGGGAGGUGGUGGACGUGUUGGAGGUUGUGUGUAAGAAUCCGAGUGGGGGGUUCCAUUUGGGGUAUGUGAGGUUGAGGGUGCUGGCGAGGAAGUUGUGA